AUGUUCAGCACCACUCUUCGGCGUAGACCAUCUCUCAGUGGCCUUGCUCCUAUUCUGCAAACCUCACCGGCGCCAAAGCUCUUUGAGUCAUCGGAUCUUCACACCCACGAUAUUGCAUUUCCCUUCAACACAAAGACUCAGGCUCAACCAACACCAGGACCGUCAAUCCUAGUCCUUCUUCUGACUUCAAGCACCUUGUCGCCUUCUCGAAAGCCGACAACGCUCGAUCGAGUUACUCGCUUCUCUACACUCGCCACCUCUCCAGCUCCCUUGAUCCUAUUUCUCCUCAAACCUCCCUCUGCGACCACCAAUGCAACUUCUCGAAAGGAGGUGGAGAAUGUUAGCACAACAUCAGACCUAUGCGGCUUCAUGGAACUACAAACACUUAUCCAUGAACAUCUUCUACACGCACCGUCCAUCCUCCCUGUUCCGGCGAUCUCAGAUAUCCUCCCUACACUGCACACCUAUACCUCCAGCCUAGCCGCAAACCUCGCCAUGCCUCCCUUGCCAAUACCACCGCCUCGACAAGUAGCGCUGAGUCUACUACAGCGCAUGACAACCUCGCCUACUGGACUCAGCCAGCAUGACACUAACGUCAUGUCUGAUAUCUGUCGAUCCAUCGAAGAAGUCAGUGCCCUCGCGUCAAGUACAGCGGGGAGGAGGGAGUUGAAAGGAUGGCUUGGCGAGAAGGUAGGGGGGAGAUAUGUGCCUUCUGGGGGCACGAUGGAGAUGAGGGCGUGGAGGAAGCCGGAGAGAAUGAAAAGAACCUAG